AUGGCUCCCGCUCCAAUUGACCCACGCAUCGUCGACGUCGCUGUGCCCAAGAAGGACACUCUUGGUCUUCCCGAUCCUGCACGAGAACGCUUGGAGAAAGCUGGGAUCGAUCUCAGCGACGGCUACCCGUACCGUCCGUCUCGUCCUCUCUAUAUCGACGACGUGUACAACGUGCGGGACUAUGAUCGCCCCCACAUAGAUCCCGGCAGCCGGGCCGACCCCGAGAAGAAAGCGCUUCUAUCUGCAGCCAAGGAAGUGAUUCCAUUGACCAGGCACAUUGGAACUGAGAUCGUCGGUCUGCAGCUGAAAGAUCUGACAGACCAACAGAAGGAUGAGCUGGGUUUGCUAAUAGCCGAACGAAGCGUUGUCUUUUUCCGAGAUCAGGACAUCACCCCUCAGCAACAGAAGAAACUAGGAGAGUGGUACGGAGAGAUCGAGAUCCAUCCUCAAGUGCCCCAUGUGCCUGGCGUCCCCGGUGUGAGCGUGAUGUGGCCAGCGUUACAAGCAGCAGAGACACCAGCAAGCUUCCGUCGGCCGGGAGGGGCAUCCCGCUGGCAUAGCGAUCUCGUGCACGAAAGACAGCCCGCCGGAGUAACCCAUCUCCACAAUGACACUGUGCCGACAGUCGGUGGUGAUACGCUCUGGGCGAGUGGAUAUGCAGCAUACGAGAAGCUGUCGCCAUUGUUCCGCAAGCUGAUCGAUGGAAGAACCGCCAUUUACCGCUCAGCUCACCCAUAUCUCGACCGUAAGAACCCAGAAGCAGGGCCUAAGUAUGUGGAACGCGAGCACCCCAUUGUCCGUGUGCACCCAGCUACAGGCUGGAAGGCACUGUGGGUAAACCGUGCGAUGACGGACCGAAUCGUUGGGCUGGACAGAGCUGAAAGCGACGUGAUUCUGGGAUACCUAUACGACGUUUAUGAGAAGAACCCUGAUAUUCAAGUUCGGUUUAAGUGGAGUCCCCGCACGAGUGCUUUGUGGGAUAACCGCAUCACUAUCCAUAAUGCAAGCUGGGAUUAUGAAGGAUCCCAGCCUAGACACGGAACACGAGUAACAUCGCUAGCUGAGAAGCCAUUGUUUGAUCCUAAGGCGCCAACUCGACGAGAAGGGUUGGGACUCUUGGGGCCGGAGGAAAUCGCAGAACUGGGGAAUUUGGCUAGUCUCCUUGAAGUGAAGUGA